AUGUCCAUCCUGCUCUUCUAUCGGCGCAUCUUCUUCAUCUCCGACCGCUACCGCAUGGUCUCAUUGGUCCUGAUGAUAUUCACGAUAAUCUGGUUUCUCAUAAUCGUGGUAGUGGUUCUGUUCAUUUGCAGGCCUUCUCUCAACUUCUGGGACGACAAGGGAACACCCGUGAGCCAAUGUGUGCAUUGGCAGGCCUUUGCGUACUCCAUGCUCAUUGUCGAUAUGGUGAUUGAUGUUUUCAUCCUGGUCUUACCCAUCCGUACGGCUAUGAAGUUACAUCUGCCGCGUAAGAACAGGAUUGCUGUGGCAGGAAUAUUCGCUUUAGGAGGUUUCGUUGUCAUCACCAACGUCAUACGAAUCGUGUUUAUGCAUCUUCAUGUGGAGGAUGGAGAAAUAUUGUUCAACAAAGCGGAGCUCUGGACUAGCAUUCAUCUAUCCGUCUGGCAAGGAAAGCCUUGA